GCGCGCACAUGGUGGCGGCGGGCAGCCUGCUGUCGCUGCUGGUGGUGUGGACCCUCCUGGGGAACAUGCUGGUGUGCGCCGCCAUCGUGGGCUCGCGGCACCUGCGCGCCAAGGUCACGCACAUCUUCAUAGUCUCCUUAGCCGUCUCGGAUCUGCUGGUGGCGCUGCUGGUCAUGCCCUGGAAGGCGGCGGCCGAGGUGGUGGGCUACUGGCCCUUCGGCGCCUUCUGCAGCGUCUGGGUGGCCUUCGACAUCAUGUGCUCGACCGCCUCCAUCCUCAACCUGUGCGUCAUCAGCGUCGACAGGUACUGGGCCAUCUCCAGCCCCUUCAGGUACGAGAGGAAGAUGACCCCCCGCGUGGCUCUGGCCAUGGUCGGCGUGGCCUGGGCGCUCUCCAUCCUCAUCUCCUUCCUCCCCGUCCAGCUCAACUGGCACAAAGGCCACGACCCGCGCGCCCCUGCCGCCGCCCCCUGGACCGCCAGCCCCGACCUGGAGAGCGUCUCCUCGUGGGCCGAGGGCUUGGGCAGCAGCAACGGCACGGCGGCGCCGUCGGAGCAGUGCGACUCCAGCCUGAACCGGACCUACGCCAUCUCCUCCUCGCUGAUCAGCUUCUACAUUCCCGUGGCCAUCAUGAUCGUCACCUACACGCGGAUCUACCGGAUUGCCCAGGUGCAGAUCCGUCGGAUCUCGUCUCUGGAGAGGGCGGCCGAGCACGCCGAGAGCUGCCGCAGCGGCGGCGGCGGCGGGCGCCUGGACUGCGCGCACCCUUUGCACCAGCAGCACCACCAUUCGGGCCUCAAGUCGUCGCUGCGCAAGGAGACCAAGGUCCUCAAGACGCUCUCGGUCAUCAUGGGGGUUUUCGUCUGCUGCUGGCUGCCUUUCUUCGUCCUCAACUGCUUGGUGCCCUUCUGCGACAGGCCCCCCGGCGACCCCGGCGCCGGCCUGCCCUGCGUCAGCGACACCACCUUCGACGUCUUCGUCUGGUUCGGCUGGGCCAACUCCUCCCUCAACCCCAUCAUCUACGCCUUCAACGCCGACUUCAGGAAGGUCUUCUCCCGCCUCCUGGGCUGCAGCCGGCCGUGCUCGGCCUCCCCGGUGGAGACGGCCAACCUCAGCCACGAGCUCAUCUCUUGCAACCAAGACACUUUCUUCUUCCGCAGGGAAGGCGUCGACACCGACGCGAACAGGAUCCCCAACGUGGGGGGCGGCGGCAGGGGAGGCCCUUUCGACGGUGCGUCCCAGAUCUCUCCCGACCAAGAGGGCGCCACCGAGUCUGGCGACUGCGAGGGGGACAUUUCGCUGGGCAGAAUUUCCCCCCUCACCCCCACUUGUCUACUUUAGACUUCACCCCACCUGGGAAGAGCCUUUUAAAAAGGAAGCCUUGGGCUUGGGACAGACACUAGUUGUGGCUGUCGAUUAUUCCUAUUGCCAUUAUUUAAUCCUAACCUGCAAGAAGUUCAUAAACCAGCAGUGAACUGGGAACAGAGAGAAGAGGGGGCAUUCCAGUCCAGUGGACCGUGGGGUGAAAGGCUGGGCUUACAAGGCCUGCCCAGAAGUGCCAAGGGAAACUGACAUGAGCGCAUUAAAAGGACAACUGUCCUCUCAGAAGACUGCUGUUUGGCCACAGUUUGGAUUUUACUAUGACCAAAGUCGGAAGGUGUCUCAAGCUACUGUUUUUCUGUUGUGUUUCUGUUCCUGCAAGUCACAGUUUGGUGGUUUUCUGUUUUGGGAAAUGGAUUUUCUUGCUCACAUUAUCGUCGCCUGAGAACCAAAAACAUCUAAAUUAUAUUGACAACCGGAUUUUAAACUUGCAGAGUUGAAUCAUUGAUAGUUAAUUGUCCAGCUGUUAUACCUUAGAUUGAAUCAGGGAGGAAAAGAGUUUGACACAAU